AUGCCUACCUUUGUUCCUUUAAUAGAAGAUUUCUUUCACGGCCUUACUCUUCCAUCUUCUCCAGAUCACAUUUGUACUCAAACCACUACACCUAUCACCAUGAGUACACCACCAGUAACUGUCAACAUAUUUGAAAUCGGGGUAGGUGCUUUUGGUGUCACUUUUGGUGUCACUUUUGGUGUCACUUUUGGUGAUGAUUUCACUCCCAAUUCACCCUUACAUAACUAUGAUCCUGAUACGGAGACAACAGCUUUAUCUAAGGUUCGUGCAGAGCUCCAAGUGCAAAAUACAAAGAUGAGUGCCUCUAUCGUUUCAAAAAUUGAGAAGCUUCAAGAAGAUUUGGCUAUGAGAAUUCCAUCAUGGAUAAGCUUCUCGUCAAAGAUGAAAAGGAAAAAAGGCAGGUUGGUUGAUGAUGAGGAGGAUGAAGAAGAGUUAUCUAAAGAAGCUCAAGUCAAAAUCAAAUCUUGUGACAAAGAGAUUGAUGAGAAUUUACGAAUUGCAAAGAAGCUGAUGCAGCUGAAAGAGAGGACCAUGAUGCCCAAGUCACUCAAGAAACCCAAAAGUCUCUUUUCCUUCCCUGAUCCAUGGACCAGAUACUAA